CCGAUCGUGCGUCCGUAGCGUACGUAGCGGUGCGGUGAUAGCGGGAUUAGCUUUCGUUCGGUUACCUUCGGUUGUCAUCGGACAUCUUCGCGCCCCUUACUCAAACUUGAUUGCGAUAGUCAUGCAGGAGUGAACGAGACCAGAGAGAGACCUCGCUUUGUCCUCCCCUCCUCUCGAUCAGGGCCAGACGGUUCGGUCUCGGCAGUCUGCCUCGACCUGUUGUUGCGUGUAGUCGUGUUGAAGUUCGUCAAGGUGAUUCCAACCGUCUUUCAAUUCGUGUGUUCUUCGAAUAAACUGCAAUCGCUUGGAGUUUUCCACAAGAAUUCGAUUUACCCUUUUACUUCGGGUCCAGGACGUGACUGAAGCCAGUGAAGUGACUAAUUGUGACAGUAAAGUGGGACUAGGCGCGCUACGUCGUCGUGCCUGAGUUGGCGUCGCCGUCCCUCCGAUUCUCGCGAGGUACCGAGUUGGAUCUGGGUGUGAACCCAGAUACGGUGUGUGGAGUUUUAUAUAAUCGUAAUAAAUAAGAUUUUUAUUGAAGAAACUUUUAGUGAAUUCGCAGUGAUCCUCGUGUAUGUGUGAGAUCAUCUAUUUAGUGUUUUGGCAUUGAUUUUGAAUUUAAAGAAGUGAAGUGAACCAUCAUUGUGAUUUAUUAUAUUGGAUUGUUUAAUAUUUGGAUUGCCGUUUAAUGGACUCUGAAAUCCGGAAAGAAAAGCCGAAGUCAUGAACGCAAAUAGAGGCUGUCACUCGCACCAAGCAGGAUAGCCGAAAUCAAAAACGUAGACUGCAGGCGGAAGUUAUAUUAUGGAUGUCACUUUCAACAAUGUAUUGGAAGGGACGCGUCAAUAUUUUAUGGGACUACCUAAACAAGCCCAGGCAGAGGGCUCAGGACAACAGGUGUGGCCUUCAGGUGGACAGCCCACUGAAGAAGGAGCACCGGCUCAAUCGGGUGCUCCUGCGCCGACGUCGCGCCCUCCUUCCGCCGCCGCCGCGCCGCCCACCACUCCCGCCACUACGAUGGCAGUAGCCAUCCCGCCCAGGCCUCCGUCUGAGCCUCUCGAGCCUGAACCACACAUAAUUCAUAAGGCUACGGUCAUGCGAGAAGCUGCUGAAAAGCGACGAGAACUUCCUGAAGUCGAAGACGAAGAAGAGUCGAUGGAGACUCUUUCACCCCCCUCACAUAUUAUACGUAAACCUUCGCGUACGCUUCCGUCACCAGCGCCUGCGCCUGCCGUCCCUUGUCCUUCACCAGCGAGACCGUUGUCUACAGCUCCUCUACAACCACCACCGACUUCGGAGCAUCAACUGGAGGUUUCUGCACCGUAUCGUACGCCUACUCAUCGCGUGCCAACUCCUACAGCGAGGCCGCCGGAUCAUUACACUACUGGACGCCCUCCAGACCCAUAUUCCACAGCUAGGCCACCUGAAGUGUAUGCGCGGUAUCAUUAUGAAUCGAGUAUGUCGGACGUAGGCAGAAACUCACAUGGGCCGCCAGUACCCUCCCCGCAGCCAGCAGUGUCAGUGCGUCAUAGCCCUCAGACGUAUGCUAGGCUAUCAAGUUCAGUACCGCAACAUUCAACCUCGAGACUGCGCGAAUCAGCCACUCAGAGCCCACCUGCUCAACGUUACGUCAUGUCGGCUUCGCAGCCUCCGCCUCCGCACAAUGAUCGCGUGCCACCUAUUCACCACCCACAAGUAGUGCCGCCUCCGCAAAGAUUAGAUGUUCGAACAUCACAGACUUAUUCGUCUUUACAACAGAGGCGCGAGCCAUCGCCUUACGGCCGUGUAAGUGCGCAUUAUGAGAGGCAUCCCGCUGUGCCUACAAGAAAAUAUGAUCCUCAGCACGCCUAUCCGGGCUAUAGACCAACACCGUCAGCCACCCAACCCGCUCAAAGUCAUCGAGUAGAGACGCAUCAGCCUACUCCAUACAAGCAUGCUGCUAUCGAUGUGAUGAAUUCGCAUUACUCAACUAGGCCACCGGAACGAGCACCUGCUCCGCCUUCAUUGCAUCAGCAUGAUUCUGCGCGCUUACCAUCUCGUGUAGAAUAUACUAAUAUGAGCAGAGCUGUUGAUAGCAGAAGUUCCUACCACUAUCCUACACCAUCAACUUCUACAUCACGGUAUGGGACAAAUGCACAAGUUCCUGUCGCUCAAAACCCAAAUAUUCAGUCUAAACCAGCUUAUAGAGCUGGAGCGGCGCCAAAACCAAGUUAUGAAUAUUCUGCGUCAAAUUCCGUCCAAACAUCACCAGCCCGUUCGACACUUAAAUCGGGAUAUCCUAAUCAACAAGCUCGUUUGACAGUAUCUGUUACCACACUUGUGAAUCAAUUGAAUGAAACGAAACAAAAACAAAAUACUCCAGUAGCAAGCCAAGCUACACCGAACGUCAGCCAAGUGAAUCAACCAAAACAAAAACGAGAAUCACCGCUCGAUUUAUCAGUUAAAACUGUGAAAAAUUCAGCAGAUUCCUCGACAACCCAGGAUGAUAUGAUUGAUUCAGCUUCAACAGACCAUAAAACGUUAUCAUUACCAGCUAGAAUUCCUUCCGGAAGCAUCCAACAAAAUGUGGCUGCAGGAGCGAGUUAUGUUUCAUCACAUAAAGUAGAUUUUGCACCAAAUUUUACUCAGUAUAGAGAAAGAAAUAAUCAUCAUCCAAGUAUUAAUGUUGCGGCACAAAGUGGCCAUCCGAUUCGUUAUAACGGGUCAUGGACGAGAAGACCUACUUCUGAUUUAUACCCAACGGAACCGCAAAAUCAUACAUAUCCUGAAAGAAACAAAUAUAGCAGUAGUUCUGGUAGAAACGACUAUGUUCCUAGAAUUGACCUUACGAGAUCGGCCAAUGACCAACGGCAUGAUAGCAGACGUGAUGAAAGGUCUUAUAUAGAUGAAAGAAAAAGGCUGGCCGGUCCAAUAGUUAACAACAUCCCUGAUAAAAUAGUUCGUUAUGAAACUUGGACUUCAGAUAGCCGGAUAGAACGAAUGAGUCAAAUAGCAAGAGAACAGCAUGAACUAAUUAGUCGUCCAGUAUAUAGCUAUAAGCAAUUUGAGGCUUACCAAAAUGAGCAAAAGCGACCAGCUGGUACAUCUAGUGUUUAUCGAGAACCCCAUUCCCACGUCAAUCACAGAUACUCAAAUAAUCCAUACCCUCCAGAAUUAGCAAAUCGUGAAUCAAGCGAUUAUCGUGCUCAAUAUCAUGAUAGAAAUAUGACCACAUCUAACAGACAUCAUGUUAUACAAAAGCUUCCGAGCCAUAGAGAUGUACAUCCACAUCAUAUAGAUCCACAAAGCGGUGUUCCGGCAGAUAAAAAAAUAUUAAGUAUUCUAAGAAACAGUUUGGAAACAAAACAAACGGGGCAUAUUGAACCAACCAGACCGCCACGUCAGAUUCCUGAUCUCAUUGUUAUCGAUGACGUAGACGACUCUGUGAUAGAAAUAACUGAUCUAACUAAGGAUCUAACUGAAGAGGACACAGAUACACCUGUUAAGAAUAUUUAUAAACCUGACCAUAAUACACCAAAUCUCUCAAGUCACAUUCAUAUGCCUAAAGCUGUGGAUUCCAUAACUCGCGAUUUGGAUUGUAACAAAUCAGAUAACCUGGAAGUUAAAAGUAAAUCGCCAGAAAAUGAUGUUGCAUCAAGAAUACGAACUAAAGCAGAGUUGAAAGUAAUGCCACCCUCUGAAGAAAAUAAUGUAAAACUUGAAAUUAAACAAGACGUAACAUUAGAAUGUGACAAAGUGAAACUUCAACCAAAAUCUCAAAAACAACAUUUGUUUAACCAAAUCAGACAAGAUAAUUUAAGAUUUGAAUCCGUUAUUAAAACUGAAAAAUCAAUGGACAAUAUUCCAGAAGUGAAAUCCGAGCCCAUGAAUAUUGAAGAAAUUGAAAAAGAUGCAGAAAUUCCCAUAAAGACGGAAAAUAUUAUUGGAAAUUUAGACUCUGAAAGUGUCAGCAUGGGUAACGAAAUUAUUAAAGAUGAUUUAGAUUGGGCUAGCGCUUGUGACAGCUUUAUGGAACAAUUAAAAGUUGGGUGUCAGAAAAAGAAAACAAGAAAACCCAGAGAAAUUUAUGAUCAAGAAAAUGAACCCAAGGAGGAAAAAAUGGAUCGGCAACCUACACCGGUGGAACCUGUAAUAGAGAAUUCAGUUGAAAAUUUACCAGUAUCUUCAAUUGUCGUAAAACAAGAACCAAUAGAUGAAGAGGAAACUAUACUGGAAGAUGAACCUCUUAUAAAUAUUUUGCCUGAUCUUAAUAUGAAAAAUAAUACAGGAACAAAAAAUAAAUCGGAAAAUAAGGAGAAGAAAGAUAAACAAGUGAUAAGCACUACGAAGAAUGAUAAAAAAACUAGUAAGGACACUGGAAAAACACAUAAAAUUAAAUCAAAAUCAAAACUAGGCAAAAAUGAAAUAUCGUCUUUAUCUCCUUCUACACAAGUAAAGAAAGAGAUUGAUAAAAAUGAAUCGUUAAAAGCAGUUAUAAAGCAGGAAGCCGAGUCUACCGAUGAUGAUGAACCAUUGAUAAAAAGUAAAAUUCUAAAGGAAAAAGAACGAAAUGACCAAUUGAAAUAUCAAUUGUUGAAAGAUCUAUCAGAGAAAUCAGCGUAUGUAAAAUUGGAAUGUUGCGAUGUAGAUGUUAAUAAAAAUACCAGAAAAUCCAUCGAAGCUUGCAUAAAAGAAAAAGAAGAAAAACAAAUCAAAGGAAAAUCAACUAAAUUAUCAUCAAGACCAAAAAGUAAAGUGUGUAUCGAUAACAACAAAAAUGAAAAUGUAAACGAUGGAAUUAGUUCAGAUAGUGAUGAUGAUGAGCUUAGUGUAGCCAGUAGACUUAGACAGCGUAAAAACAUAAAAACUGAAGAUGAGAAGACUAAACAAAGUCCAGCUAAAACUCUCACAAAGUCAUUGCCUUCGAAAAAACAGGAAAAUACGGCAAGUAGUAGUUCCACACCCAUUCGCAAGCCCGGUUUUGGAGAUGGCUCAGAUUUUCAUCCAGGUUGGGAAGAAGAACUUUAUCGAUAUAAGCGAUCACUUCGUAUGCCAACUAGGCUUAUUGCUAUUCCACGAGGAAGUUCUGGCGGUCCUUUCUGUAAAGGCUCCGGAGCGUUCUUUACACGGGGUUCAACUUCGCUACCAGAUCUAGAUCCGGCUCCACUAUCUCCUGCUCCAUCUUCAGCGCCAUCAGCAGCUACAGAUGAUUUGUAUGCUAGACGUCCAGACAAACUUACACUUGAUAGUGAUCUGGAGUCUAAUUCUAGCUAUUCUGCUCCAAAUAAGUUACACUAUGACUCAGAAGCAUCCACGUCAACCGUAUUUUCUAGCUCUAAAACGAAAAAGAAGCGUAGUUCCAUUGUAGAUGUUCUUAUACAAAAGUGUGGUAAAAAGGAAGAUUCAAAAAAGAAAUCUAAAGAUAAAGACGACAAAACGCCAAAAGUUAUACCCAAAAGCUCAAAUCCAAAUGAAUUAUUGCCGACACCUAGCUUAGGGUUAGUAAAAAAUGGAAGCAAGGGUAGUUUGAGCGCAAAGAAAGAAAAGUUAAUGGAGGAUAUAUUUUAUUUAGGUGCAUUCAGGAAAGAAACGGUAACAGCUUUUAGGAAUGCAUUUAUCAAAAACACUGAUGGUUUAAUUGGAGCUACGGAAGAGUUUGCCCCAGUUGUUCUAAAAUCAAGAACACGUACAGAAAGUAGAGUAUUAAAACAAAGAGCAACUAUAAAAGAAGUUUUUGGUGACGAAAGACCAGCCUCAGCGCCGCCAUCAUCAUAUCGUAAUGCUGAACCAGAAGCAGACGAAGAACAAAUAAUUGAAGUAAAAAAAGAAUCUGAACCUGAUGUCAAACCUAAAUUCAAAUCAAAGAAACUAUUGAAAGAUAAGUUAAAACGCAGAUCAAGUUCAAUAAGAGACGGCCUAAGAAGCACUAAGUCUCUAAAACGAAAUGACGCUAAGGGAAGGUUACUACGAUUGAAAAAAAGAAAUAGCUUAAUGAAGUCGUUAUGUCACAAAAGAAUGAAAGAUUGUUCGAAUAACAAACAUAAAAAAGAAAAUAGUCCAAUUUCAGACGAUAAAGAAAAAUCUAAAGAUGACACUAAUUCCCCUGAUGCUACAACAACUACAGAAAGCAAUACAAAAAGGCGACUCAAACGUCUAUUUGGUAGAAGGAAAUUUAGCUCAGGAUUUGAUUACAUUAGAAAGAAGAAAAAAAUAAUUCGCAGAGAAGAGACCAACCCAAGUGCUAAGAUCCGACGCGCAGCGCCGAAACCAAGCCCAGAGUCUAUCCAUGACAUACAUAAAGAAAUCAAAAGUUGGUUUAUCAACAAAAGUAUAGGCGAAACGCAUCUACAUCGUGCCGCUAGGCUUGGAUACACAGACUGUGUUGCAUAUUGUUUGGAGAAAAUGGAGGCCGACCCAUCUGCCAAAGAUAACGCAGGAUUUACACCACUUCACGUUGCGGCUGCUAAAGGUCAUGUACGGAUAGCUAGACUUCUACUUCAAUACGGCGCCAACGUAUCCGCGGCUGCACAAGGAGGAAUACGACCUCUUCACGAAGCUUCUGAAAAUAGCCAUGUGGAAAUUAUAAGACUUUUGUUGGCGUAUGGUGCCGACCCUUUACUUGUCACUUAUGCUGGACAAACUCCAGAAGAACUGGCUGAUGGAUCGUCUGCUCAACUGAUACGACUACACAUAUCUGACGUCCAAGGUUACGCCACUGAACCAUGGAGAUUCCCUCACCCGGCUGAGAUAAUUGAUCGUGAAGAGAUCGGUUGCGAUCCGCUGUGCUCUCCGCCACCGGCAUCACCCCCGCCGCCACCUGACUCGACCAUGGAGAUCCAAUGUACCGAGGCGCCUCUGCCGCCCUUCUACACCCUGCGCUCGGUGGCGGGCCAGCCAGCAGACGGCCUGUGGUGUCUCCUGCAAGACAUCACCAAUUUCCUACAAAUAAAAUCUAAAGACAGCCUACUGAAGCAGAUCCACUGCGGUUCUGGAUCGCCUAGGGAGCUUCUGCGCGAGAUUCGCACCCAAGAGUUCCUCGAGCGGGCGCAGUGCCACCAGCUGUUGUGCGCCGGCGAAAAGGUCAACGUCCGCGCCUCCAAGGUAGCGCUGGUGCGCGUCACCGACAAACUGCGCCAGUUGCUCAAGAUCGAGACCGUUCUAAUCAGCUGACACUAAUAAAACAUCGGGAAUUCGGAAUUUAAAAUUAAGAAACAAGUGAAAGUAGCUUUUCCUCGACGCAGUAGUAGGUGGACGUUUCGCCUACCGAUGGCGCCAUGGAGGAACACGGCCGAUGCGCUGAUUCGCUUCAGCAACAACUUCUCAAACAGCUGAGACUAAAACAUUGGAAGCAACUAAAAAACAACAAUCAACCUGAAUAUAGGGCUUUGAAGGUGUGGCUAAUAAUGAGUGAAGUAUGAUUAAUAUUUACUUCGUCACGAUGCGCCCUCACUUUUGAUGCUCUAACC